AGUCUCUUUUGAAAGCUUGAAAGAUCAUCACAGUAACAGAAAAGAAAAAUUGUUUUUACAAUAUUUAUUGCAAAUUUAAUAGUAGAUAAUAAAGCAAAUUUAAAUGGAUUUAAGUAAAUAUCAGACUAAAAGCAUCACACCCGUGGAUGAAUACAAAUGCACAUUAAGUGAUGAACUACUUAAAAUACUUGAAGAAGAAAUGAGAGAAACUGAAGAAAUCAGAAACUUUUCUCUUAAGGCUAUGAGGGAAUGGAUCAUGCAAAAUCCACGCAUAUUGAAGACAAGACUGGAUGCAAUUUGGUUACUUAAACAACUUAGAUUCAAAAAGUACAAUAUGCUCUCCACUCAAGAAACUCUGGAACGUCAUGUAGUCUUGAAAUGCAGUUACUAUGGGAAACAUUAUCUCCAUGAUGAUUUGGAUGUCAUGAGGCCAAGCGUCAAAAAAAUCUUUGAUGUGAACCCCGUUUGUAUUUUACCAAAACGAGACCAGCAUGGUCGACCAAUUUUAUUCUUUCGCUGCCAAAAUGUCAAACCGCAAGGGAAAGAUUUGUCAAAAGAUAUUCUUACAGCUGUUGCUUGCAUUGUUGAAAGUUUGGUGGAAAUUGAAGAAUUUCUGAUUCGAGGAGUCGUUUACGUUCUCGACGUUUCUGGAAUUACGAUGCAAUAUUUGAAGAUUUUACCCAUCGAAGAUUGCUUGAAAGUUUGUAAAAGUGCCGAAAAAAUCACAGCAGGAAGGCACAAAGGUUUUCAUGUUGUCAAUGUUCCGUCAUAUUUGACAACACUUAUCAACAUGGCUAUUAAGCACACAGCUCCAAAGUUUCGCGACAGAGUGAGAUUCUAUUCAUCUUUCGAUGAGUUGGACAUCAUUGAUAAAGGAGAUCUUCCCAAGGAAUACGGUGGAACGAUUCCAAUGAGUGAAAUGUCAAAAGAACUGUGGGAAAUUCUGUUGAAGUACCGACCUCUUCUUAUAAAAUACCAGGAUAUGAAAAUCAAUGAGAACUUAUACCCAAAAGCUUGUUUGGAUGGAAGCUUUUCUAUGCUUGAUGUUCCAUUAAACUCUCCAGAUUUAUUCGAGAAAGCCUCACGAUGUUGUGACGAAACAGUUUUUGGAAUUCAAGGAAGCUUCAGAAAAUUAGAAAUCGAUUGAAAAUGAAAAAAACUUGCCCAAUUGUAAAUGAAUUCAAUAAAUUUAAUGAUUGAAGAACAUAUUUAUUUAUUCUUAACAACUUUGUAUCAUCAUCACCAUCAGAUCAAGGACAGGCCCAUAUAGGAACCACCAUCAAAUGCCGAAGCAACUUUGUAUUUUU